AUGUUGAAGGCUCUAACGGUGUUUUUGUUGUUUCAGACGUUCAGACCUCUGGUGGGGAAGGCUACUCUGGGUUCCAUCACGGCUGUAGAGUUCUUCUCUGACAGACAACUGGACUUCCUGUCUGACCACGGAGCAUACCAGCCCUACCAGGAGGAAGUGGACAGUUUGAGUCCUGUUCUCAGGGACAACCCUCAGCUUCAUGAAGAGGUCAGGUUCUGGCUCAAAGAUCAAAAGGUUCAGGACAUUUUUUUGCAAGGUCCAUAUUCAUUAAAUGGUUACCGAGUUCGUGUUUACAGACAAGACUCGGCCACUCAGUGGUUCACAGGGAUCAUCACACAUCAUGACCUCUUCAGCCGUAAUAUGGUUGUGAUGAAUGACCAGGUUCUAGAGCCCCAGAACGUUGACCCCUCUAUGAUCCAGAUGACCUUUCUGGACGAUGUGGUCCACUCUCUGCUGAAAGGAGAGAACAUCGGUAUCCAGUCCCGACGCAGGUCCCGUUCCAACCAGAACAACUCUGCCCACGGUCACUACACCCGCGCCCAAGCCAACAGCCCCAGACCAGUCAUGAACUCCUCUGGCGGGGCAGUGAAGCAGGGGUCAGGGGUCACCACCCAGCAGGGUCAAGGUCAGGGCGGGUCCCAGAGCCAGCAGGCCCCAGCGCAGCACUCCCCUUGCCAGGAACAGACACAGCACCGCGGACCUGGCUUCUCCAGGAGGAAGGGAUCUGACAGCAGUGUCCCUGAUGAUGACUUCAAGGGAGACAACGUGGACUGUAACGAGAGAGCAGGGAGAGGAGGUGAGGAUGAUGGUGAAGAUAGAACAAGAGACUUCUUUAAAAGUACGAGCAGCAAGCAGGUGGCUGUGAACAAGCGGAGGAAAGCGGAGGAGGAAGAGGAGGAAGAGGAGAAGAAAUCAGGUUUGAAAAGACUGAGAAGCGAGACUACAGUGAGGUCUGACUUCUCUGAGAGCAGUGACUCUGAGAUGUCUACCAAGAGAACCAGGACGGCAGACUCCUCCUCUUUUUCAGAGCAGAACUCAGAGGAGGAGCUAAAAGGAAAGACCGGCCAGGAGGGGCACAAGACCCAGGGUUCUAAGACUGGGAAGGAGUCUGCUCUGACAGGCAGUCUCUCCCCUGGGGUGAGGAGCUUCAGAAGGCGGAGUUUCAGCAGUCAUCAGCCGACAGGGAGCAGAGGUCAUCCCUGCGACAACCUCAACGACAGGGGGAACGGGCUCUGCCCCUCUGAGGGCCAAGGGGAGUGCAUCAUGGAGAACAACAGCACUAUGAAAUCCCAGACCCAUCCCCAGUCCAAGGACCAGUACACCAGCGCUGAGGUGGUCUCCAGGACCCAGACUCCCUCUCAGUAUAUAAUCGACAUCACAGCAGAGGAUGCUAACGCACACAUGGCCUCCCGGGAGAACUCUGAGGCCGUCUCGGCCCUGCUGGCCUCCCAGAAUCCAUCUGAGCCCUCCUACCUCUCUGAGCCCAGCAGACAUUUGGUGCUGAACCCCUCUGUGGCCCCUCCCUCUCCCCUUCGUAAGAGCCCCUCGGAGUGUGACCUUAGGAACCAGACUCCCUCAGUGUCAGAGUGUGACCUCAGGAACCAGACUCCCUUAGUGUCAGAGUGUGACCUUAGGAACCAGACUCCCUUAGUGUUAGAGUGUGACCUUAGGAACCAGACUCCCUCAGUGUCAGAGUGUGACCUUAGGAACCAGACUCCCUUAGUGUUAGAGUGUGACCUUAGGAACCAGGCUCCCUCAGUGUCAGAGUGUGACCUUAGGAACCAGGCUCCCUCAGUGUCAGAGUGUGACCCUAGGAACCAGAGUCCCUCAGUGUCAGAGUGUGACCUUAGGAACCAGACUCCCUCAGUGUCAGAGUGUGACCUUAGGAACCAGAGUCCCUCAGUGUCAGAGUGUGACCUUAGGAACCAGACUCCCUCAGUGUCAGAGUGUGACCUUAGGAACCAGACUCCCUCAGUGUGUAGGAAGCCGGAGGUAAAGCAUGACAUAGCUGGCAGCCUGGGCAGUAAGAUGGGGCUAGUCCAUUCAGUGGUGAUCAGACCUAUAGCAUCAGUCAGUGAGUCUGCUGCUGUAGUAGAGAGAGAGAAGCAGCUAUAUUCCUCCAUGCUGCCCUGCAUUAAGAACGCCUCAUUGGCCGACGAGGCCAGGAAGUCGUACAAGCUAAGCCCCUCCCCUGAUGUCCCCAAGCCCCUCCCCUCCCCAGAGGCCCUGAAGCCGAAGCCCCUCUGCUCUCCUGACAUUGUCAAGUCUAAAACACAGAGUGUUCUGGAGACUUGUUCUAAAGCCAAACCCCUCACCUCCCCAGAGGUGUCCAAGCAUAAAGGCCGUUACCCGGACAACACCCCUCGCUCCAGCUUUAAGCCAGUCUUGGCCCGAGGGACUGAGUCGCCAGGAUCUUGCACUAAGAGUCCGCUAAUCAUCGAUAAGAACGAGCAUUUCACCGUGUACCGGGACCCUGCGCUUGUCCGUCCCAACCAGGAGACCAACCACGUGUCCUAUCUGCACCCCCAGCUCCACCACCUCCAUGCCUCCUCCCACGCCUCCUGCCUCACCCCCUCUUCCACCCACCACCACACAUCCCACUCCCACCACCACCUCCUCUCCGGGGUGCUCUCUGGCCUGCCUCCAGGCCCCUUGCUGGGGGGUCAUCCCCGACUAGACUCCUCAGGGCUGGGGCACCUGGGACUAGCUCAUCACCACCCUGUCUCUCAGCCCCAGACACACAGCCACACCUCAGCCUCAUACAACCAGCUGGGGCUGUAUCCAAUCAUCUGGCAGUACCCCAAUGAGACCCACUCCUAUUCCCCAAGACUCAACCUGCCCGGGUCCAAGUGGGUGCACCCUGAAAACCCUGUCAGUUCUGAGACCAACAUGAGGAGGAACACGGCCAGCCCUUGGCUACACCACCAGGUCCCUGUCUCCUCCUCUGACAGCCUGGACCAACUGAGCCACGUCCCGGUCCCCAUCCGACCAGCCAGCGCCGACCCUCACCGGUCCGACCCCCAUCCCCACCUUUCAGAACCACACCGUUCGGACCCCCACCGGCUCAUUAAGAUCAACCCCCACGCCAGCCCCCUCUGCCACCGGCCAAGGCCGCUGGAGAUCUUCACAGGGAGUAAGUAUCAGGAUUUGAAGGGUUUUGUGGACCCCAUCAGAACCAUCACUCUGGCCCACCUGAAGCAGGAGCAGGACCGCAGCAGAACCCCGACUGGGAAGGACAGUCACCUGCACCAGCUCUACCUGGAGGCCUGUAAUAAACAACAGCAGCAGAGGAUGGCCCAGCAGCAACAGCAGGAAGCAGGGCAGAGGGACCGGGCCAGUAUGUAUAAGGAGGAGAACAGACGGAUCCUCCAGGAGAGCAUUGAGGUGGCCCCCUUCACCGCUAAGAUCCGCUCCAGUGAGACCGACAGGGAGCCUAACCCCUACCCCCGGAUCCCCUCGCUCCCCUCCCUGCCCCACCCCUACCCCCGGAUCCCCUCACUCCCCUCCCUGCCCCACCCCCAGCGCCCCCACCAGGAGAAGGAAACGGAGCCCCCUGCUGCAGACCUGUAUCAGUUUACAGCAGUCCCAGCACAGUCUCCCCCCCCCAGUAACUACUUCACUACCCUGUCCAACAGUGUGGUCAACGAGCCACCGCGUCUCUACCCCUCUAAAGAGCUCAACUCAUACUUUGACAAGGUGAGCAGGGAGCAGGAGUCUGCAGCAGCCUCUAGUCUCUCUCUGGGAGGAGGGGCAGUGUUCAGCUCCAAGUCCCUGUCCAAACCCCCUCCUCUCAUCAAACACCAGGCUGAUGGGGAGGGUCUGCUAGGGAAGAUAUCAGAGCAGCUGAACCAGCAGGUAAGCCUAUCCAACAUGCAGAGGUAUCGUCUCAGUACCAUAGUCAGCCCUGUUAGUCCAGACCUCUCGCCUUCCUCCAGUCAGAGCCAGAAUCAGACCCAGAGCCAGACCCGAACCCACUGUCAGAGCCAGACCCGAACCCACUGUCAGACCCAGAGUCAGACCCAGAGCCAGACCCGAACCCACUGUCAGACCCAGAGCCAGACCCGAACCCACUGUCAGACCCAGAGCCAGAGUCAGACCCAAGCCCAACUAAGGUGUAUGCCAGCACUGCACCGUGCCCCUGUGUUCCACCCUCCUAUCCAGCAGACACUGGACAGGAAGGAGGCGGGCUACGGCCGUUUGUCUCCACCCACCCUGACCCCCAUCCAGCCAGUCAGCUCGGCCGGUAAGGUGUCUGAGCAGCAGAAACCGCCCACCCUUCUGCCCGAGCUACGGGAGGUCAGCGCCGUGUGUAAGGGCGGGGCAGCGAUGACCUCAUCCGAGGUGUGGCGAGCCGGCGACUCUCAGAGCCACGACAAGCUGGGAUGGCAUUCUGAGAGGAGCCCCGGCAGGAAGCCUGGGGCCACCACGGCAUCUGUUAUCGUCCGUCCCUCUACGUGUAUAAAGUACGACGGCUCGCCAGGCGCCAAGACCUCUUCCUCGGCCAAGGACUCUCUGAUGGGGAGGAUGUUCCCAGGCGGCAGGCCUCAGACAGUCUGUCUGAAACUGGCCUAUGAGAGAGACAGGGAGUCUGGAGGGAAGGUGAUCCUGCCAAACACUAACUUGGAGGAGGCUGUUUGCGUGCAGCAGUACAAUAACAACUUUAUGAGAGUGUCCCAGUCUCAGGGAACCUUUCCAGUCUCUGUCUCGGCUGCUGCCAACUCUGUGUGCAAUAGGAGUAGUGAUGUGACUAGGGCAGUCUCCAACAUGGCUCCCUACGGUGUGCUGAGUAGAAGACAAGAGAGAACCUACUGUGGGCCCAACACCUCCAGCGCUAGCAGGACAGAGAGCUGUGGCCCUCGGGGCAGAGCCUUCCACUCAGGGCCUGGGUUAGAACCAAGGACCGAGCUCCAGCAACAGGAGGGGAGCUCCUCCAGAACCUCAUCCCCCAACCUGCACCCCGGCCCCAGCCUGGCCAGCAGUACCCAGGCCUCUCCCAACCCCAGCCAGUCCUACUAUGGGAGCUUUAUCCAUCUGAAGAAGCACAAGGCAGCGUUGGCGGCAGCCCAGCAGUCCAGAGGUCCUAGCAGCAGCACCAGUGGUAGUGGUCCUGAGAGCCUGAUUGAGCCAUCUAACAGUAAAGCUCUUCACAUCUCCCCUCCACCUCCCCUUGCCUCAGCCUCAGCCCAGAACCACAGAACCACAGCAAGCCCAGGACCACAUCAAGCAGGAGCUAGCCCCAGCCCUGGCCCCCUCCCCAAUGGCCAGCCAGCCCAGAUGAACCAGAGCCAGUCUCAACCCAACUACCACAAGCUGAAGAAGGCCUGGCUCACCAGACACUCAGAGGAGGACAGAAACAUAAACACUAUGAUGAAAACAGAGGAGGCUGAUAAGGCUGUUACCACCACUGUGAGCCCCUCUGUGUCCAAGUCUGUUACCACCACUGUGAGCCCCUCUUUGUCGAAGGCUGUUACCACCACUGUGAGCCCCUCUGUGUCCAAGUCUGUUACCACCACUGUGAGCCCCUCUGUGUCGAAGGCUGUUACCACCACUGUGAGCCCCUCUGUGUCGAAGGCUGUUACCACCACUGUGAGCCCCUCUGUGUCUAAGUCUGUUACCACCACUGUGAGCCCCUCUGUGUUGAAGGCUGUUACCACCACUGUGAGCCCCUCUGUGUCGAAGUCUGUUACCACCACUGUGAGCCCCUCUGUGUCAAGGCUGUUACCACCACUGUAGCCCUCUGUGUCGAAGGCUGUUACCACCACUGUGAGCCCCUCUGUGUCGAAGGCUGUUACCACCACUGUGAGCCCCUCUGUGUCGAAGGCUGUUACCACCACUGUGAGCCCCUCUGUGUCGAAGGCUGUUACCACCACUGUGAGCCCCUCUGUGUCGAAGGCUGUUACCACCCCUGUGAGCCCCUCUGUGUCGAAGGCUGUUACCACCACUGUGAGCCCCUCUGUGUCUGAGAUGGAGAUGAUCAAGCCUUGCACCGUCACUCUGAUUGCCUCUACCUCCAGUGAUGUGGAGAUGAAGAUAGAAGAGGUCAAAGGUCAGGAGGACAAGAUGGCCGCUGAGGACAGGAUUACGCGGCGUGGCAGCAAGAGGGUGUACGACCACGACUCGGCCUCAGAGAGCGGAGAGGACUCUGACGCCAGCGAGAGCAGCAAGCAGGAGCAGAGGGCGAAGAGGCAGCCCAAACCCACCUACAAGAAGAAACAGAACGACAUGCGCAGAAGGAGAGGAGACGGAGAGAAAGAUGAGGAUGAGCUGAAACCCAACAGGAUCUUUAGGAGCGAGGAGAAGACCAAGCUGAAACUGUCCAGCAACAAUGGUAUCCCCCGCUCUGUGCUGAAGGACUGGAGGAAGGUGAAGAAGCUGAAGCAGACGGGGGAGUCGUUCCUGCAGGAUGACUCGUGCUCCGAGAUUGGACCCAACCUGCAGAAGUGUCGGGAGUGUCGUGUUGUUCGCAGCAAGAAGGGGGAGCAGCCGGCUCAUUCCCCUGUCUUCUGUCGCUUCUACUACUUCCGCCGCCUGUCCUACAGUAAGAAUGGAGUGAUCCGUGUGGACGGCUUCUCCACUCCAGAUCAGUUUGAUGAGGAGGCUCUGUCCCUCUGGGCUCCUGAUGUAUACGAGGAGAAUGAGUUGGACCCAGACUCCUCCAAGUACAUCCUCUCAUAUAUAGGAGACCAGUUCUGUCAGAUGGUCACCACUGAGAACACUGCUGCUACAUGGAUCAAAAAGACAGCCAAGAUGGCCUGGAAGAGGGCUGUGAGAGGGGUCCGGGAGAUGUGUGACGCGUGUGAAGCCACCUUGUUUAAUAUUCACUGGGUUUGCCACAAAUGUGGCUUCGUGGUUUGUCUGGACUGUUACAAGGCAAAGGAGAGGAAGACCUCCAAAGACAAAGAGCUGUACGCCUGGCUGAAGUGUGUCAAGGGACAGCAGCAUGGUCACAAGUACUUGAUGCCAACACAGAUUAUCCCAGGAACUGUUCUGACAGAGGUGGUGAGCGCCAUGCAUCUGUUCAGGGAGAAGUACAGCAUCAGGUCUCCCAUUGUCUGUACUGGGAAACACAACCCUCUACUCAGCAAGCUGCCUGCUACCAACGGAGUCUCUCAGGUUCUCCAGAACGUGUUAAACCACAGCAACAAGAUCUCUCUAUGUAACGUGAAGACAGAGCCUGGGCAGCUGAACCCCAUCCAGGGUAAAGCUGAGACUAACGGAGGCUCCAGCCCUGCCUCAGACCCCUCCUCUGACUCCAAACCGACUCCCCCGGAGUCCCAGAGCCCUCUCCACUUCCUGGCUGACCUGACUGAACAGAAGUCUCUGGAAGACAAGAAAGAAAACAAGGAGUCUCCUCUGGGUAAGGUGGGCAAGGAGGAGAAGGUCAGUAGCCUGGAGUCUCUCCACUGUAGAGCGUCUAGUCUGGUGUCUAACAUCACAGAACAGGGCUCUACUCUAAGAGACCUCCUGACGACCACCGCUGGUAAACUACGUCUGGGCUCUACUGAUGCUGGCAUGGCCUUCGCUCCUGUAUACUCCACCGCAGCACAGAUGGGGAAGAGUGGCCGUAGCAUGCCCAACAUCCUGGAUGACAUCAUCGCGUCCGUGGUGGAGAACAAAAUCCCUGCCAGCCGAGGAGCCAAGCUGAGUCUGAAGCUGGAGGCCACCACCACCACUACAGAGGACAGGGAGGUGAAGACGGAGAGGAUUGAGAGGAAGAAGCAGCCUGGGACUGGGACAGGUCCUAACCCUGGGACAGGUCCUAACCCUGGGACAGGUCCUAACCCUGGGACAGGUCCUAACCCUGGGACGGGGACAGGUCCUAACCCUGGGACGGGGACAGGUCCUAACCCUGGGACGGGGACAGGUCCUAACCCUGGGACGGGGACAGAAGAGCUUCCUGAACCCAAGCCUCAGCUAGAGAAGGCCCUGCAGCUCCAUGCUGACAUCCCCCACUGCUGGUUGUAUGAUCGCAGACUGCUCUGGCUGAAAGACCAUCGACACCCUGGCAACUGGAAGCUGUUCAGAGAGUGUUGGAGACAGGGACAGCCUGUCCUGGUGACUGGGCUCCAUAAGCCUCUGAAUGCAGCUCUGUGGAAGGCAGACAGCUUCAACCUGGAGUUUGCUGACCAUCAGGGAGACCUGCUGAACUGUAAAGAUGGACUUGUCUCGAACUCUGGAAUCAACGAGUUCUGGGACGGCUUCGAGGACCUCACCAAGAGACCCAAGUCUAAAGACGGAGACACCGUGGUGUACAGGCUGAAGGACUGGCCAUCAGGAGAGGAGUUCAUGGCCCUGAUGCCUUCCAGGUAUGAUGACCUGAUGAGGAAUCUGCCCCUGCCUGAGUAUUGUGACCCUGAAGGGAACCUCAACCUGGCCUCUCAUCUACCCAGCUUCUUCGUACGCCCAGACCUCGGACCACGCCUCUGCUGUGCUUAUGGAGUGGUAGCGUCUCAGGAGCAGGACUUUGGGACAGCUAACCUUCACAGGGAGGUCUCUGACAUCGUCUCUGUCCUGGUGUACGUAGGGGUGGCCAAGGGGAACGGAGUCCUGUCCAAGACGGGAGUGUUGAAGAGACUGGAGGAGGAAGACUUGGACGACAGCGUGAAGAAGAGAUUAAAGGAUUCCAGCGAGACACCUGGAGCCUUGUGGCACAUCUACAUUAGCAAAGAUGUGGAGAAAAUUAAAGACUUUCUGCACAAGGUUGCUAAGGAGCAGGGGGUGGAGAUUUCAGCAGAGCACGACCCAAUCAGAGAGCCGGGCUGGUACCUGAGCAGGAAGUUGCGUCAGCGUCUGUGGGAGGAGCAUGAUGUGCAGGGCUUGACCGUGGUUCAGUUCCUGGGGGACUCUGUCCUCAUCCCGGCCGGGGCGCUGCACCAGGUGCAGAACCUUCACAGUUGUGUCCAGGUGAUAAAUGACUUUGUGUCUCCAGAGCAUGUAUUCCACUCCUUCCACCUGACACAGGAACUGAGAUCCUCCAGAGAAGAGCCCAACUACGAAGAUAAACUACAGGUAAAGAACAUCUUGUUCCACUCUGUGAAGGAUGCAUUGACGUCGCUGAGGAGGUACAGCCAGGAGGAGGAAGAGAACUCCUGACCCGUAGUCCCCCUGGCUCCUCCCUCUCUGGCUCCUCCCUCUCUGGCUCCUCCCUCUCUGGCGCCUCCCUCUCUGGCGCCUCCCUCUCUGGCGCCUCCCUCUCUGGCGUCUCCCUCUCUGAGACCUCCCUCUCUGAGACCUCCCUCUCUGAGACCUCCCUCUCUGAGACCUCCCUCUCUGAGACCUCCCUCUCUGAGACAUCUUCCUUCAGCCUGGAACAGAUAUAUACACACUGACACUAACCACAACAGCAGAACACAUUACAACACACUAAAACUACAUGUUACUGACCAGCAUCACUACACAGCAUCAGGAUACUGACCACAGCAGCAUCACCACCCAGCAUCAGGAUACUGACCACAGCAGCAUCGCUACCACAGCAUCAGGAUACUGACCAUAGCAGCAUCACCACCCAGCAUCAGGUUACUGACCACAGCAGCAUCGCUACCACAGCAUCAGGAUACUGACCAUAGCAGCAUCACCACCCAGCAUCAGGUUACUGACCACAGCAGCAUCGCUACCACAGCAUCAGGAUACUGACCAUAGCAGCAUCACCACCCAGCAUCAGGUUACUGACCACAGCAGCAUCACUACCACAGCAUCAGGAUACUGACCAUAGCAGCAUCACCACCCAGCAUCAGGAUACUGACCACAGCAGCAUCACCACCCAGCAUCAGGAUACUGACCACAGCAGCAUCACCACCCAGCAUCAGGUUACUGACCACAGCAGCAUCACCACCCAGCAUCAGGAUACUGACCACAGCAGCAUCACUACCCAGCAUCAGGAUACUGACCAUAGCAGCAUCACCACCCAGCAUCAGGAUACUAACCACAGCAGCAUCGCUACCACAGCAUCAGGAUACUGACCACAGCAGCAUCACUACCCAGCAUCAGGAUACUAACCACAGCAGCAUCACUACCCAGCAUCAGGAUACUGACCACAGCAGCAUCACUACCCAGCAUCAGGAUACUGACCAUAGCAGCAUCACCACCCAGCAUCAGGAUACUGACCAUAGCAGCAUCACUACACAGCAUCAGGAUACUAACCACAGCAGCAUCACUACCCAGCAUCAGGAUACUGACCACAGCAGCAUCACGACCCAGCAUCAGGAUACUGACCACAGCAACAUCACCACCCAGCAUCAGGAUACUGACCAUAGCAGCAUCACUACCCAGCAUCAGGAUACUGACCAUAGCAGCAUCACCACCCAGCAUCAGGAUACUGACCAUAGCAGCAUCACCACCCAGCAUCACGAUACUGACCAUAGCAGCAUUACUACCCAGCAUCAGGAUACUGACCACAGCAGCAUCACUACCCAGCAUCAGGAUACUGACCAUAGCAGCAUCGCCACCCAGCAUCAGGAUACUGACCACAGCAGCAUCACCACCCAGCAUCAGGAUACUGACCACAGCAGCAUCACUACCCAGCAUCAGGAUACUGACCACAGCAGCAUCACUACCCAGCAUCAGGAUACUGACCACAGCAGCAUCGCCACCACAGCAUCAGGAUACUGACCACAGCAGCAUCGCCACCACAGCAUCAGGAGAACUGAGUUCAGUAGAAUCUGGUCUCACAGCUCUGACUGCUGUUCUGGAACCUUCUGUUCUCUGUUUGUUCCUGUUUUCCUUUUGUUUGUUUAGUUCAUUUUUUUCUUUCAAACUGUUGUAUAUUGUUUCUGUGAAAAUGAUGUAUUUAUUUUAUAGGAGUUGUAAAUGCGAUGAUGUUCUAGAUCAAAUGUAAAUGUGACUUGUACAGUUUGCUAAAUGAUGAGUUGUGAGACGGAUGCCGUUUCCUACAUUGAGACAGUUACUGUGAGAGGAAACAGACUUCAGCUGUCGCCGAGACCUCUGGGAGUCGCUGCUGAAUUCGUCCUCAUGCCAUAUCUUUUAAAAACGAACUGCCAAACAAUUCUAUUGUAUGAAACCGUGUACAGUUGUAUUAUGUAAAAAAAGACUAAAUGAAUAAUACACUUCAGCAUUUUAUUAAGAAGUAUUCACUGUAAAAUGGAGACAUUUACACACAAAAAAUAAUUUAUUCAAAUUUUGAAGUUUAAACGAUAACAAUUGUGUAAAUAUAUACAUAUAUACAUUCACUGAUGUAUUUUUUAAAACAUGGCUUGCUUCAAUUUGUAAUUUUAAAAGUGCAAGUGUUAUAUGCUUUGUACAUUGAAGUUCAAAGGGGUUUUACAUUUUCCAUUAAAAUGGAUUCAUCAAAGUA